AUGAAAUUGCCAAAAUUGGAAUUGACACACUUCAAGGGUGAUGUGACAACAUGGACCUCAUGGUGGGACAAUUAUGAGGCCACAAUACACAAGAGUGAUUUACCUGAUGUGACCAAGUUUACUUACCUACGAUCCUUACUGGACAGUGAGGCAGCUGCUGUGAUAAAAGGACUCAAACUUACCAGUGACAACUACGGAAUUGCCUGUAACCUGUUAAAGGAGAGAUUUGGCAGGAAAGAGCUGAUCAUUUUCAGUCACAUACAGAACCUCAUGUCGUCUGACUGGAGAGUCAGACAAGCAUCAAGUCCAGAAUAA